UUAUUGUUCUUAUUCUUUGUUAAUGGGCAAUUUAUCCAACAGGCAGUUGUUGACAUUGUGAGAACUCUACCGGUCAGUCUUGUUGCCAGUCUUAUGGAAUGGAUUAACAAGUACUCCAAAAAUGCCAAGAUAAAUUACAGAAUUUUUGCACUGGAUGUUAUUUCACUACUGUUGGUUGAGCCAGACCAACCUCUUUCAAAUGAGAAUUUAUCCUAUGACACCAUCAAGAAGUUUCUUAGUAAGAAGUAUUUGCUGGACACUGUUAUAGCCAGGUGUUCUGAUAAGGCCCCAACAGUUCGUGCCAAAGCUUUGCAGUACUUUGCUCAGUGUGCAACAUCUGAAAACAGUUCACUAGUAACAAGAGUGAAAGAAACACUGCGAGAGCCACUAAAAAGACCAGCAGAGGGCACACCAACAGUAAACAGACAAAGUAAUGGUCAACAAGCAGAGACAAGAACCAUUGGCUCAAUAAUCAGAAGAAGAACAUGUGAUGAAAAAGUUGGUGUUCGAAAAGCUGCCCUACAGGCUCUAGAAAGUGUAAUCACCCUUAACCUGGAUUCUCUUGAGAAAGCUGAUGUGAUGACCCUACAUGAUCGCUGUAUGGAUCCAGCGCUGUCCGUGCGAAGACAAGCUAUGAUAUCACUUACGUCUCUCCUUCAAGAAAGGCCUGCAUGUACCAUGGUUCACAGUCUAUGGCUGGAUGGGGUGUUGCCGCUGGUUAUGGACAGAGAAACUACAGCUCAAGAAAAAUGUUUUCAGAUUCUGGAGGAAGUGCUACUAGGCAGUAUUGUUCCUUAUUCAAAGUUAGUAGCAUGGCUUACAAUAAGGUCACUCAAACCAUUCAUAUAUUUUUGCACAUUUUUUUGGUGACCAUGGGAUGAAAGCACGGUUCCAGAUAGGUUUUCAAGGUUGGGUAUCAACAAGGAAUUUGAAUGGGUCAAUUCCCACUGUUCUCACCAAAUCAUCAUAAAUUUCCUAUUAAUUUGUCUGGU